AUGGGUCGGCCGUGGGAGAAGUUACUGGCACUGGCACGGGGCAGCGGCGGCGCGGGCCCGUGGGUGGCUGGCUCUGCGCCUCCCCCCGAGGGCCCAGUGCUCCGCCGCUCGUGGGUCCGCGCCGUGCGACGUUGGCUGCUGCGACCGCCCGAGCCGCCGUACACGCGCGUGUGCCAGGUGGGCGAGCCAGCGCUGCGAGCCGUGGCGGCGCCUGUGGAUCCGGCCCAGCUGGCGGGGCCUGAGAUGCAGGCGCUGAUUGCACGCCUGGUGCGCGUGAUGCGCGCGCAGGGUGCCGUGGGACUAAGCGCGCCGCAACUUGGGGUGGCGCUCCAGGUGCUCGCAGUGGAGUUCCCGGAGCGCCUCCUCCUCACCUACCCGCACGCCGUACGCCAGGCUCGCCGCAUGGUCCCCUGCCCGCUGCGCGUGUUUGUGAACCCGCGUGUUCGCGUGCUCGACACCCGCCUCGACUCCUUCCCCGAAGGCUGCCUCAGCGUGGCCGGCUUCUUGGCGUGCGUGCCGCGCUGGCGGGCUGUGGAAAUCGAAGGGUUGAAUGAAAAUGGAGAAUCUGUGGUGUGGCAGGCCAGUGGGUGGCCUGCCCGGAUUAUACAGCAUGAAAUGGACCACUUGCAAGGCUGUCUCUUCAUUGACAAAAUGGACAGCAAGACUUUUAUAAAUGUACGGUGGAUGGAAGUAAAUGAUUGAAGUCCUCAGCUCCAAAGCUAAUUCUGAAAAGAGCAUCUUCCAGGAUCCAUAACUUUGGGCCAGCCAUGUUUGAAUUGAAGUUAAUGAUGUGCUUGGCUUAACAUCACAGCGCUCAGCCAGACUGUGCCAUGUAAUUUAUGUCCUGAUUCAAGAAACAUCUAUAAUAAAAUUAAUGCUGGGGCAAAAUA